UACGCAAAACGGCAAGCCCCGGGGGAAACCAUAACUGGGUUUGUGACCUCCCUCCGCCAAGCCGCCCGGUUAUGCAACUUCUCAGAAUUGGAGAACAUGCUUCGUGACCGCCUCGUCGGUGGCCUGAGGGACGAGAUGUUGCAACGACGCCUCUACGCCAAAAAAGACCUCACGUUCCAGAUUGCUCUGGAGGAAGCCCUGGCAACCGAAGCCGCCGAGAGGUCAACGCAAGAGGCACGACCGGCUCCGCCAUCCCAACCGAGGGUCUACCACGAAGACCUCACCGACGAAUCCGAAUCUGACAGGGAGGAAGUACACCGAGUACAGCGGCGCACUCAAGCAGCACACACACCACAGCAGCCUCGACGAGAAGGAGGGAACUGUGCAAGCUGCGGGGAGAACCACGAGAGGAGGACCUGUCGUUUCCGCAACGCAGAGUGCAGGCAGUGCAGAAAAUUGGGACACAUCGCCCGGGUGUGUCGGGCUCGACUCACCCGUCGACAAGCAUCAGAUGACCGACCCAGGAGCCCCAGGUCACACGGCACCAUGCACCAAGGCAACUCGACGGAGAUCACGGACUACCAGGUAUUCCAGUUGCCCCAUCCCAGCACAGAGAAAAUUUAUAUAGAGGUACAGAUAGAGGGAGCCCCAUGCCGCAUGGAGCUGGACACGGGUUCAACUCUAUCCAUAAUCUCGGCCCGAACAUUAAGGGAACUGUGCCCUAAUGGGGGUCCCAAACUAAGGCCGGCCCCAUUCACCCUCCGGGACUUCCAGAAACGUAAGGUCCCUACUAUGGGGGUGGGGACCUUCAGGGUGCAAUAUCGAGGGCGAAAGCAACAAUUGGACUUGCUGGUAGUUAAGGGCCCCUACGUUAGCUUACUGGGACUGGCAUGGUUUGGACCUCUGGGGCUAGCCGUUACCGGGGUGAACCGCACUAGCUUACAAGUGGACGUGGACGCCAUAUGCAAAGAGUUUCCAGGGGUUUUCGAUGGGGCAUUGGGACGAUAUACAGGACCCCCCAUUGCCCUACAGCUAGACCCCGCUGUACGACCCAUCAGGCACAAGGCCCGCCGGGUCCCGUUUGCCCUGAAACCCCACAUAGACGAGGAAUUGGACCGGCUCGUGGAGCAAGGAGUGCUGGAGCCGGUGCCCAACGCCCCCUGGGAAACUCCAAUUGUCACACCCGUCAAGCCUAACGGUUCGGUCCGCAUCUGUGCAGACUACAAAUGCACCAUAAACAAGGCUCUCACGGCCCAUGCAUACCCAGUGCCAGUGGUCAGCCAUGUCCUCGCCACCCUGGCUGGGUCAAAAAUCUUUGGCAAACUGGACUUGGCCCAAGCGUAUCAACAGUUGCCUGUGGACGAAGCCACAGCAGAGGCUCAGACGAUUGUGACGCACAGAGGGGCAUUCAGAGUAAAGCGGCUGCAAUUUGGCGUUAGCGUGGCACCAGGCAUAUUCCAGAAUCUAAUGGACUCUCUCCUUAAAGGGAUUCCUGGUGUCACCCCCUUCUUCGAUGAUGUACUGAUCGCCGGGCCCACACCAGAGGAAUUUGAGGACCGCCUCCGCUCCGUCCUGCACCGUUUCCAGACGGCGGGCCUCAAGGUGAAGCGGGAAAAGUGUUUACUGGGAGUGCCGCAGGUGGACUUUCUGGGAUUUAAGGUGGACGCAGAAGGGGUCCAUCCAACCGGUGACAAGGUACGGGCCAUUUGUGAGGCCCCAGCGCCCAAGAGCAAGCCCGAACUUCAGUCAUUCUUGGGACUAUUGAACUUUUACCAUGCCUUCCUUCCCCAUAAGGCAGCGGUAGCGGAGCCCCUACACAGACUCCUAGAUAAAAGGGCCCCUUGGGUGUGGGGCCAGCGACAAAGGGCCGCAUUCCAGGCAGUCAAGGACUUGCUCGUCUCGAACUCGGUCUUAGCACACUUCGACGAGAGGCUGCCAGUGGUGCUGGCAUGCGACGCCUCUCCCUAUGGCAUCGGCGCUGUCCUGGGACACCAACUCCCGGAUGGAAGAGAGGUGCCGGUGGCAUACUUCUCCCAGACGCUUGCUGCAGCCGAACGAAACUACUCACAGAUUGACAAGGAGGGUCUGGCAAUCGUGAAGGGCGUAAAAAAAUUCCAUGAUUUCUUGUACGGGCGGCCCUUUACCAUAGUGACUGACCACAAGCCGUUGCUUGGCCUGUUUGCCCCUGAGAAGCAGACCCCCCAAGUGUUGUCUCCACGUGUCCUCAGGUGGUCAAUUUUCCUUGCCGGCUACCAGUAUGCACUAAUCCACCGCCCUGGGAAGGCGAUGGGCCACGCAGACGCCCUCAGCAGGCUACCACUACCAGAAACAGGCCCCGACCCAGCGCCUGCGCAAGAGGUUAUGACCCUGGAGCUGCUUCCCGACCGACCCAUUCAGGCACAAGAAGUUGCGCACCAUUCCACAAAAGAUAGGGUCAUCUCCCGGGUCCUGGACUGGGUGUGGCGAGGAUGGCCCAGCAGCAGCCCCGGGCCAGAAUUCGCUGGCUACACAAACCGCAAACAUGAACUGUCGGCCCACAAGGGGUGCCUGUUAUGGGGAAGCAGGGUUGUUGUUCCCCAGCCCCUCCGCAAAAGGGUCCUCACAGCCCUACACGAGACACACCCAGGGGUAGUGAGGAUGAAGGCCCUUGCCAGGAGUUAUGUGUGGUGGCCGGGGAUUGACAGAGAGAUAGAGGCCUGGGUCCAACACUGCCAGACCUGCCAAGAAUCCCGCCCGGAUCCCCCAAGGGCCCCAGUCCAGCCCUGGGAGUCCGCCCGACAUCCAUGGUCACGCUUGCACGUGGACUUCGCUGGCCCCUUCCAGGGAAAAACAUUCUUCAUAGUGGUGGAUUCCUACACCAAAUGGCUGGAGGUCGCACUGGUACCAUCCACUUCUACGGCGGCAGCCAUCCGGGUACUACGUAAGCUGUUUGCGACCCACGGGCUCCCUGACACCCUCGUCUCGGACAAUGGAACCGCAUUCACGUCAGAGGAGUUCCAGACCUUCACAGCGCAGAACGCCAUCCGCCACAUCCGCUCAGCACCAUUCCACCCUGCCACCAAUGGCCAAGCGGAGCGCAUGGUGCGGACCACCAAGGACAGCCUCCGCCGCAUGACACAAGGGGACUGGGAAUACCGCCUUGCCGCAUUUCUUCUAGCACAGCACAGCACCCCAAGCACAACGACGGGCCGGAGCCCAGCUGAAUUACUAAUGGGCCGGCGCCUUGCAACUAGACUGGACCGACUUCACCCCGACAGAGCUCAGGAUGAGGUAGUGGUGGGGAAAGGCAGGAACUCCCGGACAUUUGUGGCCCAGGACCCAGUGUAUGCAAAGAAUUUUGGGGCAGGCCCAGCAUGGGUACCCGCCACAGUCACCAAGGUGACCGGUCCCGUGUCGUACGAGGUACUAACGGAAGGGGGGCAAUGUUGGCGCCGCCACUGCGACCAGAUACGGCGACGAUUCCCAGGAGGAACCCGGGAGGAGAGCGGGACAGAGGGGUCCCAAGGGGACAGCAGGGCAGUGAGGCCUGUAGAGCGAGAGGGGUGGGCAGAGGAAGCAGAAGCAGUAGGCACAGAGGGGCGCCCCGAGGCUGGAAGGACACCGGAACCAGAGCUACAACCUAGUGGUUCAGUGGCACCAGACCAGACAGCCCCGGCACAGCCAGCAGCCUCGGAACACGAGCCAGAACCAGAACCCCUGACCAAGGAACACCCCAGGCCACAACGCACACGGAGGCGGCCAGCAGACCUUGGGGACUACGAAUGCAACUUCCCGGGCAGGACUGGAACUUAGAGGGGAGGGGUGUUAUGUACUGAGCUGAAUCCUAGAACAAUAGGAUUCAGAAUCAGCGGGAGCUACCCAAUCCAACUCCAGGUGGAAGUGAAUCCGCAACCUGAUUGGCCUGCUGGAGCAGCCAAUCAGGCGGCUGGCAGAAGUGAAUCUGCUACCUGAUUGGCCUGUAGGAGCAGCCAAUCAGGCUGCAGGCAAAAGUCAAUCCACAAUAUAAUUGGCCCACAGGUGUAGCCCUGAAGUAGCCAAUCACGCAAGGCCCAUUGUGUAAAUAAUGUAUAUAAGCAGAUGGUUUUGGGAAAAGAGCCAUUCGUCUUCUCUUCUCCUCCUUGAUGACUAUGAGCUGAAUAAAGAGCAUGAAAUUCACUCUUGACUCCGAGUAUAUUUCAAGAACAGUGAUAAAACUGGCAUGAUGACCUUUUUUUGGCACUGGCAGGAGUGAAUUCUUACUUUCUCAAAGAAGCCUGCAAGUUGGGCUUCAAUGAAAGGAAUGCCUGGCUGACAGCAAUAGUUUUUCAAGCAAGGACAAGGGAUGUAGUGCACUUAGGCGAUGCUUGGCUAUCUGUGUCAGACUUGUCAAGGCUGGAAUUCUUGAGGUCUGUUUUAAUUGCCUGGUUUAUUUUAUAUUUGCAUUAAUACAUGUUGGAUAGGGAGGACAGAGUAUGGCUUCUCACAGUAGCUGCAGCCUGCUCCUUUGUGUGAGACGUCUUGCACUCGGACUGCUACAUGAGGCAUGAGAGUUCUGUGACUGUAUUUAUGCACGUGCUGGAGGAGGCGGCAAUACAAAAACCUAACGCUCUGUGGUUUCCAGCUAACUACAAUAAAGUAUGGGUCAGCUAUAUGGAAUUUUGUCCCACAUAAUUACUUGGAACUCACAUGUCACAAUUUUCCUCAUAACCUCCACCAUUUCAUAGGGGAAAAUAGGCCUAGACCUGUGAAGAUGUCUUUGGGUGGGCCCAAGGGUGUGACUUGGCAUAUAAAGGCAGCUCAGGAAGGUGUGGCACUGCAAAUGUACCAUAGGCAGAAUACAAGGCAAGCGAGGCACAUAAUACCCAUAUGCACUGUACUGUUGACUGUUUAGAACAUGGGUAGGCAAACGAAGGUCAGCAGUCCGGAUCAGGCCCAAUUGCCUUCUGGAUCCAGCCCACAGACGGUCCAGGAAUCACUGUGUGGAUCACCAGCACGCACAUACCGGUACUUUCCCUCUUUCUUACAUGGCGCCACCGGCGCCUCCCCCCCCCCUGGCUUCUCCCCGCCCUGCCUAGAGGAGGAAGAGGGCUGGGCUUUGUUGGUGCCAGCAGCAGCAGCUCUCGAGUGGCCGCCAUUUUAAGCAGCCCCUCUCCGGAGCCCUUUCGCGCACUGUUCAUCAUCCCUCUGCUGCCGCCAGCCCCUGGCACUCACAAGACAUAGAUAAACAGCCAUCAGGGCUCGUAGCGGUCUUGCAUCACCCCCCCCCAAUAUAGUCCGGCCCCCCACAAGGUCCCAUUUUAUAUGCAGGAUUGUACUUGAGUGUUUAUUUAGCCUGCUUCACUGAAUGACAUGGGGCUACUUGGUUAUCUGCGUGGUUUGAUUAGACCGUUUCCAGUCAGCGAAGCCAAAGCUAAAUAAAUAAACCCUUAAGCACAGCUUAAGUGAUAUUAGUUGGAACUGUGUUAAAAUCCCUAUUCUGCUAUGAACCUAACUGAUUGUGGGUCACUCACUUUCUCUUCCUGUACACUUGCCUCCUAGGGUUGUUGUGAGGAUCUAAUGGAUAAAAUCACCAUGCCUAGCACCCUCAAUUCCUUGGAAGAAGGGUAGAAUGCAAACAUAGCAACAUAUAAUUCAGGCUCUUUAUGUGCUUGCACACUGGUGUUUGUAGCAGUAAAGUGUGAAGAAGGCAAGCUUGUAAAUGCACAAUUGGCAUGUACCAGGAGUCUAACCACAAUUUUAACUUCCAGAGCAUUCCCACUGCACAUAUGCCAACACUGUGUGCCUUUCCUUUAUAGUUUAUGGUCUUUACUGCAACAAAAACUGGCACUCAGUGGCAGUUGCUCUAGCGUGCGAAGCAUGAAACAGCUCCAACAGCAUGUAGCCUCAUCUGAAUUGUGUCUCAUCUGACUUCAUCUAGAUUGCACCUAGUGGUUAAAGUACUAAGCGGCUUUUCAUGGCUGCAUCUUGUUCUUUUUAUCUUUAUUGUGAGCAGGAUUACCAAAUCAUUGUGAAACAAGUUACUCUUUGCCUACUUUGUGCAAUCUCUGUAAACUCCUAGAAUUUUCACUUUAGCUACUUGAUAAUUGGGCUGACAUUAUGGACACUUGUGCUAUAAUCCAGUAUAGCAGAAUCAAUCUUUACCUUUUUGGUUUUACAGCAAGACAUCCAAUGUUCUCCCUCUACUCAUCCUACCGCUGCCUUUGAGGAAGGCACAUCACCAUUUGUAAACCAACGAAAUAAAUUGAGAAAAAUAAAUCGAAAAACACCACAGGUUUCAGUGUUUUAUUGGCAAAGUGUCCACAGGGCAGCUUUUACUGUGGCAGGUGGGGGGGGGGCAAAAGUUUGUUCAGAACAUGAAUUUUAAUUUUGAAAGAGUAUAUCCACCCAUGCUCCUUUGCCUCUGAAUCCUUGCCUUUUUCCCUAUUGAAAGUUAUCUCCUGCUUGUUCUCUAACAUCAGACAACUGGCAGAAAACCACCUCUCCUCUUAAAUCAUUACAUAUCCAUCCUACAAUCACAUCCUCUGGCUUAGAAACCACUGGCCUCCAUCCGGGAUGCCAACUUAAAUAAAAUAUUUAAGACACCAUUUGAAUGGAAUGCCCAACAACUUGGGAGGGGAGGCGGGCUGGCCCCUCAAAUAUUUUAUUGGAGUGUGCGUGCAAAGGGACCUCGGCCCCCAGGAGCUGGCUCCUAUGCUUCGUAUGGGUUUUGGUCUGGGUCUUUCGCUUUAAAGCUCUGCAAAAUGAUCAUAGCAUUAAACGUGAAUGAAAGCAAACUAGUUACAGGUAGGUAGCCGUGUUGGUCUGACACAGUCAAAAAAAAAAAAUCCUUCCAGUAGCACUAGACGUAAGGGUCUGGUGACUUCUGUUUCAGUGUAUCUGAAGAAGUGUGCAUGCACACGAAAGUCCAUACCUAUGACAAACUUAGUUGGUCUCUAAGGUGCUACUGAAAGGAUUUUUUUAUUUUAAUUUUAAAAGCAAACUAAACAGAUUACCCACAAGAAAGUGGGCGUGCCUCCACGGGCGCCCUGGCCACUUGCUUCGAGUCCAUGCAAUAAAUAUUACAAAAUGACAAAACCCCGCGUUCGACACAAGCAUACACUCCUCUCUCUCUGGCCUGUAGAGGCAGCCAGCAACCACUUAUUAGACGGGAGAAAACUCCAAUCCCCACAGUGCCC